CUCCCUUCCACCCCCAUCUCUUGUUGCCACACGCUUCGCAUACGCUCAGAGCAACCAUGGAUCGCCAACCUCAAGCGCUCACAAGAAACGGCUCCUACAAGUUUUGGUCUGCCGAACAGUCCAGGCCACGUUUACCAUCCAUCGCCGAGGAAGACUACUCUCCCAACAACCAGAUCUACCGCACUGGUUUCCUGUACCGCGCUGGGGUAUCCAUCUGGCAAACCAUGGCGCGCAACCUGCGCCGCGAGGGCUUCCCAUACGACGGGCCGCUGGCAUACAGCAAAGGUGAUCGCCCCGCGCUUCUGCUUUACCACCGAGUCCCAAGAGGUGGCCGGCCUAUAUGUGUUGUCUUCCUCCUCGCGACGUUCGGUGGCGCACAAGAGAACGAUAUCCCGAGCUCGUUUCAUCCAUUCCUCCUUCGCGCGCGUCCAGCGUGUGCGAGAUACACGAACACGCCACUCCUAGACACGGACCCGGUGCCCAUUCAUAAUUGGGUUCGGUGGGAUAGCUAUGUUCUCGCACUCCCGAUCGAGCUCGAUGAUUCCGAUGUCGACACCUCGCAAUUGAAGUCAUGGACGAUCGGACAAGAUAAGACAUGGGUUAGCCGCGAGUGGCUCAAACACCUGCGAGAACUGGGGGAGAAGAACGCGGAGAAGCUCGCAGCGAUGUGCCAGGGAGACCCCGAUUUCAUCAAACGAGUCAGGGACGAGAUGAUUGCCGCGAGAGGACCGGAGCGCCGGCUCCCUGAGAUCACCGACACUCAGCCUUCUCAGUCUUUCUCCUCCGCGGGUCAUCCCGCCCUGGAAGCAUGUGCUCGGUCUUACCUGAACGCCGCUAUUCUGCAAUACGGUCUCGAGCCUACAGCAAUCAAGCUCCUCCCCCUCGACGUGCACGGCAUCCUAGACUACCUCGAGGCCCGCAAAGCGAAAGGCAAUGGUUCCCGGGCUCUUGUGCCCUACAAACCUCAACACGCGGAUGCCUCGCAAGAACUAGAAGAAGGCGAAAUACCCGGGCUCACAUCGGAUCUCGAGCUUCGCGCCGCGCGGAUUCUGCAAGGGGAAGACCUCGACAAGUUGUUCUCAGGUUUGCCCAUCGAGUUUGACGACGUUGAGGUGCCCGGUCUUGACAUGGCGGGACCUCAAAAGAUGAUCGCUGCUUCGCCACCGUCGGCAAUGACGACUGACCCGUCGUCAAUAGCGUGCCCGUCCACGCCGGUCAAGUACUCGUUUGCGCUGGCGGAGGGCCCGAUUACGCCGAUCGAAGGUCCGUACACGCCGGUCCAAUACACACCGACUACAUGUACGCCAAGCCAAGCGUUGCACACGCCCCAAUACCUCAAGGCGCCUCUUGUCAAGCGCGACAUGUCGCCGGAAGUCGAGGAGCGCUUAUCGGAGAGACAAAAAUUGCGUAAAUUGCGGGAGCAGGCGCUGGCCACGCGCAAGGGCCUUCGAUCCUCGCGCAAAGGACAAGGUCUGCCCACAAUCAUGGAAGAGGACCCGUCGAUGUCUAUGACCCCUGACCGCUGGAGGCCACCACCGCCUCCCGACCGCAGACGGCGCACGAACGCGACGCCAAGGACACCGAUGAAGGCGAUAACGAAUACUUCGACGGACACGACGCCACAGAUGCCGAUGGAAGCAGCAACAAAGUCGCCAAUGGACGCGACGCCGCUGACCCCCAAGCGCGGCAAUGAAUCGGCCUGCAUUCCUUGGACGCCGGAGACGCCGACACCUCUGACGCGUUCGCGCUCGUUUUUGGACUCGCCGAUACGUCCGACGCUCAAAAGGACACCCUCAUCUCUCAAGAAGACGUCCUCGUCGUCAUCUUUCAAGGCUCCGUCGCUCACUUCGCGCGGACAGGGUCACUACGCGCCGUACCCUAAGCUAUGCUCGCGUCGACAAGUCGAGCGGCCUGAGUGACUACAAGAUGG